UGUUGGACCAUACAGAGAACAUAGUCAGGCAGUUUGCCAUUUUGGGUGUGUAUUCUUACGGCUUCACCUGUGCAACUAGUACCUGUAGACAUCAUGCAAUCUGAAUACGAGCUAUCGGAGGAACAGAUUAAAGAUUUUACAAACGCCUUCAAAGAGUUCAGUGGAAAAGAUGAAGGAACUAUUGCAACCGAGAAGCUGGGAGCAGUGUUGACGAAACUGAACCUGGACUUAUCAGAUGUCGAGCUCAAGGAAAUGAUCAGCGAAGGAGAUCCUGACGGAAAGGGCACACUAGACCUUCCUCAAUUUCUUAACAUGAUGUCAAAGAAGCUCAAUGAAGAGGAGGAUGAAGAGGAUGAAGAUGAAGAGGAUGAAGAUAGUGAGGAAGAAUACAGAGCAGCAUUCCGCCUUUUUGACAAGGAUGGCGAUGGUUCUAUCAGCGCGACUGAAGUGAAGGCGUUCCUUAUAAAUAUGGGCGAGAACUGGACCGAGGAAGAAAUUGACGACAUGAUCAAUGAGGCUGAUGCUGAUGGGAAUGGAGAAGUCGACUACGAAGAAUUUGUGAAGAUGAUGAAGUCAAAGUGAGUUCGAGAGGAUGGGAAAUAUAUAUAAACAUGGUAGACUCAUCAAGUGGACCUAGCCAGGAAAAGGACGCUAUAAUAUCCAUACAUUUCAUUUGUCUCUCAUAUCAACUCAGCAUGUGUACGAGUCAAAAUAAACGCAAUUGAAACAAUUU